UGCCGCCAGACUCUUGGCGCGAUCAGUAAUGUGGGUGGAUUUCGCGUCGGCCUAAAACAAAAACAAACACACGUAUUAUAUUUAUAUGGCUUCAUUACGAUCGACUUUGAAAACCGAGUGAAUUUGUUUCUAACUUUCGGAUCGGAAAAGAAAUAACAAAUCUUCAACAUGUACGGAUUCGUAAACUACGCGCUUGAGUUGCUGGUGACGAAAACUUUUAACGAAGAAACAUGGGAGACUAUCAAGAAAAAGGCCGACGUGGCGAUGGAAGGCAGCUUCUUGGUGCGGCAGAUUUAUGAGGACGAGAUCACAUACCACUUGAUCACAGCUGCCGUUGAAGUUUUACAAAUACCAGCUGAUGCCAUUUUGGAGCUGUUUGGAAAAACCUUUUUCGAAUUUUGUCAAGACUCUGGAUAUGACAAGAUUUUGCAAGUUCUUGGUGCAACGCCGCGAGAUUUCCUGCAGAACUUGGAUGGUCUCCACGACCACUUGGGUACACUAUACCCUGGUAUGCGCUCGCCGUCAUUCCGCUGCACUGAACGACCAGAAGACGGUGCUCUGGUCUUACACUACUACUCCGACAGACCGGGGCUGGAGCAUAUCGUCAUUGGUAUUGUUAAGACGGUAGCCAGUAAACUUCACGACACAGAAGUGAAGGUUGAAAUCUUGAAGACUAAAGAGGAAUGUGAUCACGUCCAGUUCCUCAUCACUGAGACUUCGACUUCAGGACGCGUGUGUGCUCCCGAGAUGGCUGAAAUCGAAACUUUGUCACUUGAGCCCAAAGUGAGUCCAGCAACCUUCUGCCGCGUAUUUCCCUUCCACUUGAUGUUCGACCGCGAGCUGAACAUCGUGCAGGCUGGACGCACUGUCUCGCGUCUCAUGCCAAGAGUCACCAAGCCGGGGUGCAAGAUCACUGAUGUGCUGGAUACGGUGCGACCCCAUUUGGAGAUGACGUUCGCUAACGUGUUGGCUCACAUCAACACGGUUUACGUAUUGAAGACCAAGCCUGAGGAAAUGACUGUCACUGCACCUGAUGAGGAUAUUGCUUCACUACGUCUGAAGGGUCAAAUGCUGUACAUUCCGGAGACAGAUGUGGUGGUCUUCCAAUGCUAUCCCAGCGUCACAAACUUGGAUGAUUUGACUCGCCGAGGCCUCUGCAUUGCCGACAUUCCACUGCACGACGCGACUCGCGACCUGGUGCUCAUGUCGGAACAGUUUGAGGCUGACUACAAGCUCACGCAGAACCUCGAGGUGCUCACUGAUAAGCUGCAGCAAACAUUCCGAGAGCUGGACUCGGAGAAACAGAAGACUGACAGACUCCUCUACUCAGUCCUACCCAUCAGCGUGGCUACCGAGCUCCGUCACCAGCGUCCUGUCCCCGCGCGCCGCUACGAUACCGUCACCCUACUGUUCAGUGGCAUCGUGGGCUUUGCCAACUACUGCGCCAGGCACACCGACCAUAAGGGUGCCAUGAAGAUCGUUAGGAUGCUCAACGAUUUGUAUACAGCUUUCGAUGUGCUGACUGAUCCGAAGAGGAAUCCUAAUGUUUAUAAGGUUGAGACAGUUGGUGACAAAUACAUGGCUGUAUCUGGUCUCCCAGAGUAUGAAGUUGGUCAUGCCAAGCACAUCUCUCUGCUGGCUUUGGAGAUGAUGGACUUGUCUCAAACAGUCACCGUUGAUGGAGAGCCUGUUGGCAUUACAAUCGGCAUCCAUACUGGUGAGGUUGUUACCGGGGUGAUCGGUCACCGCAUGCCACGGUACUGCCUCUUCGGAAACACGGUAAACCUCACCAGCCGCUGCGAGACCACUGGAGUACCUGGCACUAUCAACGUCAGCGAGGAUACUUAUGGCUACCUGAUGCGCCCAGACAACUACGACGAGCGAUUUGAACUGACAUAUCGUGGUCACGUCUCCAUGAAGGGAAAAGCUGAGCCUAUGCAAACCUGGUUCUUGACCAAGAAGAAGAUUUAAAUCUAACGGCCUAAAACAAUCAUAAAGUCGAGAUUCCACCGAUGUGUGGCACUGUGAUGCAAGUUUCUACUGGUCUACUCAUUUUAGCAUAUAGCAACGUAUUACACGCUAAUGACAGCAAAAUUGCAAUCUUUGUGCGCGAACAAUUUUGGUGGGAUCUCGCCUUAGUAUUGAAGUCAAAGAAUUACGACCUAAAAUAUUAACCCUUAUUGAGAUUUAUGAAAUAGAUGACGUUAUUAUAGAAACUAAAAUUGCUCUGGCUAAUCUUGGAACUAUGUUAAGUUUCUUGAAGCAAAUUGUAGUAGUCCUGAUAGGUGUUGUAUUUUGUACUUAAUCGAAAGAUAUUGUGCUGUCUCUUCUUUAGAGAUUUCUACUGUGAUUGAAGGCCUAUUAUGGAACAUUUACCAUGCCCUGCGGUUUCACCCACAUCCUGGUGGACUACUUUCUGUGAAUGGGUAAAAUAUAGUAUAUGU